ACACGUUUGUUUUUUUUGUAGACAGUCAGAAUGGCCGUUGUUCCUCAUUUGAAGACGUUGGCAGACCUCACAGCACCCCAAAUAUCUCGCAUUGUCAGUCAUGCACACUACCUCAAGCAAGUCUCUCUCCCUUGGCUUGAGCCCCAGAGGGCUGGCAAAAAGGGCAGCCGUCAAGGUCUUCGGAUGCCUUCGCAGUCCCUGUUCAACAAGUCUAUAGCACUCAUCUUCUCAAAGCGAAGCACCCGUACUCGGGUUUCUGCUGAAACCGCCUCCGUCCUUCUUGGUGGACGUUCUCUGUUUCUCGGUCGCGACGACAUUCAGCUUGGCGAGAACGAGACCCUCAGAGAUACGGCUCGCGUCAUCGGCGGUAUGUGUCAAGGGAUAUUCGCCCGAGUUGGAGAACACGAGGAGAUCGAGGAAUUAGCAAAGUAUUCACCCGUCCCAGUUGUCAACGCACUUUCUUCCCUUUGGCAUCCCACUCAGACGUUGGCGGAUAUGUUGACCUUACAUGAACAUGCCCACCUAUUCGAAUCGGACCCUACGGCAGCGCCAGCUGCCAACAAGCCCUUGGCCGCAGUGCGUCCAUUGACCAUAGCUUGGGUUGGAGACUCUUGCAACGUCCUGCACGAUAUGCUUGUUACAUAUCCUCGACUAGGACACAAAAUGCGAGUAGCGACACCUCCACAGGCAAUGUACCAGUGUCCUCCAGCGGUCUGGGACCGCGUAACGCAAUUGGGGUGCGACAAAGGUAUCCACUGGACAAACAAUCCUCUCGAAGCUGUUCAUGGAGCAGAUGUUGUAGUCACCGAUACAUGGAUCUCCAUGGGCCAAGAAGCGGAAAAGGAGCAACGUCUCAGGGAUUUUGCAGGCUAUCAAGUCACUGAAAAACUCUGUCGCGAAGGUGGAGCUAAUCCCAACUGGAAGUUUAUGCAUUGCCUCCCUCGGAAAAAGAAUGAAGUAGAUGAUGAGGUUAUGUAUGGGCCUCGAUCGCUUGUCUUCCCCGAAGCAGAUAACCGAAAAUGGUCCAUGAUGGCUAUCUUUGAUCUUUACUUUGGUAAAUGGGAUAUCACAGGCGAAAAGGCAUUGAACGAAGUCGAUUAAAUGGAGCCCACCAAAUAGACUGCGAUUUGGCCCACCUUGCUCGCAGAUAUGCUCCCUAUGGAGUACACUGAGACAAAAAAAAAAUUGGUGGAUAGACUACAAAAUAUAUACGACGCCAUCUAGCAGGAGCCUCGCAUGAAGGUCACGAUCUGCCGUGAGGAAUAGUUUGAAAUCAAAUUUUAAUGUACUUUUGAGCUAUAUCUCAUACGAAAAUCGACGUUUACCUUUCUGAAUUUCUUGUUAGCGGUCGAAGCAUUGGACUGCUUUGUGGUGCUUACAGUACAUCUG